AUGGAAUCUACUGUGACGACUUACAAGGCCUUUGCGUCUGAACGUGCCAUUGGCAACCCGGCUGGAGUUAUCAUCCUCCCCAACCCAAGCGACGAAACAGCAUACGACCAGAACGCAGACUUUCCGUAUGGAAUAUUCCCUCCGGCUUCGAAACUACAGGAGAUUGCUACAAAGCUGGAUUACCCUAUGACAGCAUUCGCAGUUCCCCUUAGCCAAUCCAUUGACUCACCUGAUGCUCCUCACUUCGCCGUCCGCUGGUUCAACCCUUCCAACGAAGCACCGCUCUGUGGCCAUGCAACUCUUGCUUUGUCUCAGCAUCUAUUCAGCACUUUGCCGAACCCACCCCAGACGCUGAGGUACCUGACCAGGCUUCACGGCAUCGUCUCUGCUUCGCUGUAUCAAAGUCCCUUUGAGGACGCUAAGCUUGUUGGAAUUGAGUUCCCGGAACUCCUUGACCUUCCUGCUCUAUCGCAAUCUGAUAAAAGGUGGGGAAAGCUGCGGAAGCUGUUUGAACAGUCGACUGGGUCGCAGUGGGAAGGUCAUAGUGAGCCCGUUGGUCUGUUUGAAGCGGACCAGUAUCUUCUACUGGAGUAUAGUCCUGAACUUGAUCUGAGGGGGCUGGUCAUCGAUCCGACUAAAUUGGCCUCGCUCAACAAAUUCAUCUAUAUCUUCCAAAUCUCAACAUCGUUGACGGAGCAUAUCCAUACCCGUGUGAUCAAUGCGAUUGGCGACCACGUCGCGGAGGAUGUAGCGACGGGUUCCGCUCAUCGAGCUAUUAUCCCACACGCUUUGUCAAACGCCGAGACCACGGCGCGACUCAACCAGUAUCACCCCGGAUUCAGUGACAACACAUUAAAAUGCUUGCAGCAAUCCAGGGAGGGCGGCGAGUUGACUGUUGAAUGGCUCCGCGAUGUAAAGGCUGUGAGGAUUAUGGGCGAAGCGGUCCUAGUUGGCGAGGACAACAUAGAGAUUUGA